CAGAUGUAACUUGAAUAAUAAUUUUUAUUUUGCAGGUUGGACAGUUGAAUAUCAACAAUGAUGCAUCAUCGACAACUCAGCAAGCACCAACUGUUACUCCAACAAGUGAUGUGAUGCACAGUGAUGAAGCGCCAAAUAAUGGUCACAUUUUUUACAUUUUAUAAAAAAAUACCUGUGGUUCCGGUUCCCGCUCGACCCUAUUUUGUGGGAUGCUGCCAAAAUGGCGUCUGCAUGUUGUCACACUAAUUAUUGAAAAAAACAUGAAAAAAAUAUUCAAAAAAAAUCAUUUCCAACCUACCAACCCUAGUUUUUUCGCGAUAUGAAACCGGAACCACAGGUAUUUUUUUAUGCUUUGUGGAAUGUUAAACUGAAAAAAUUAAACAUAUAAUUUUAUUAUACCAGAUUUCUUUUAUUCAACUCAUUUUAAACGACUUUAGCAAGUUAGACAAAAUUAUAAUCUGAAGCUUGUUCAUUAAGAUGAAAAGCAAAAUUAACCCAUUAAGGGCCAGCGUUCUGUAACUAAUAACAAAAUACUUAGGAUUCAAUGCAACUUUAUGGGUUACUGGCAAUUUAUUUUUGUAGAUGUAGUUGAUGAAAAGCCAUUGACAAAAGAAGAAAACUCUCUGCUGACUAAAGUUCUGAGAGCUAAACUUGUUCAAUCGACAAAAGAGGUUGAAGUUCAACGCAAAGAUCCAAAGUCUCCAUUAUAUUCUGUGAAAUCCUUUGAAGAAUUGCCACUGUAAGUUGACCAUUUAAAUUAAACACAUUCUUAGAUGCUCAUCAUUUAAAUUCUGAAAAUUGAAAUGAUAUAUAUUUUGUCUUAUGUCUAUAGAAAAGAGGCAUUGCGUAGAGGCGUGUAUGGUAUGGGAUUUAACUCUCCAUCUAAAAUACAAGAAACAGCUUUGCCAAUGCUUUUAGCUGAUCCGUAAGUAAAUGCGGUUAUUAUAAUAACUUGUAGUUGCUGACAUAAUGAAGAAAUUUGCUUUGAAUUCCUAUAUUUUUGGUUGCAUGUGUACAUUGUAGUGUGUUCUAUGUUCAUGCAUGAUUCCCAUCACCCAUGAUUAUUUGUUUGUCUGCCUCAUUAGCAUCUGUUUGUCCACAUCAAGUGGAACCUUGAUUACUUGGAAAAACAUUGCUGUGGUAUAUAAAAUGCAUUCCAAAUCACUCUUUUCCUUUUUAACAAAGCUGGAUGCAUGCGAGGGUGUUUGUGCCUCUCAAAAUUCAAUGUCGACCAUUAUAUGUGAAAUUAUAUAUUUUCAUGCACAGUAAUUUUUAUGGGGUUGUGGUACACAAAUUUAAUAUUGAGUAACUGAUAUUUUGGAAGGUUUAUAUAUUGUUAUACUACUGUAUGAUCUCAGGAUUAUUAAUGGAAAGACAAGUCAAUUAUUUGAACCAAGGCAUGGCAAUUUCAUUCCCAUUAUUUGUAAUACAAGCUCAUAGUCAUAUUUUUUAUCACCCUACAGACCCAAUAACAUGAUUGCUCAGUCUCAGUCAGGAACAGGAAAAACUGCUGCAUUUGUUUUGACCAUGUUGAGUCGUGUGAAUCCUGAAGAAAGCUUUCCACAGGUAAUUAUCACUACUCAUCACAAUAGAAUUUUAAUUUGAGACUUUGAAAGAAUGGAAGACAAUAAUGCCAUUUCAGAAACUCUAUGGGGAGCAAUAUUACCCCCAGGCCCCUUCACUUCCCUCAAGUAGACCAAUCGUCUGAUGUCUGUGGAAAAAAGUGGUUUAAGCAUAUUGCAGGAGUCAAAGCCUGGAUACCCCACUUGCAUCACAGACUCCAUGUUAACUCUUACUUUAUUCAUGUUCACCCGAAAGGUAAUUUGUCUUUCACCCACCAUGGAGCUGGCAAAACAAACAGGGGCUGUUGCAGAACAAAUGGCUAAGUAUUGUCCAGAAGUCAAGAUAGCAUAUGCCAUUAGAGGGAAUCGCCGUAAGUAAACAAGCUUUUUCUAUAUAAACAUAAUUGGUUUAGAGUAAUAUUUGCAGAAAUAUUUUUACUACUUCGUAAAAAAGCUUUAUACAGUAAUUGAUGCAUUGUCUGCAUGCUUUAUAUUGGGACUAAUGUAAUAAUGUUAGGAAAAUGUCAACAAUGCAGGAGCUACCCUCUUUGUGUAUUGAAUCUAUUUAAAAAUUGUAUUGAAAUCAUAGCUGAAAACUGGGCAUCAGAUUUAUUUUCUGCAUAGAAAGAAUGAAUACUGUAAAUAAAGAAAUUAAUGAAGGAAAAACUUAAGGAACGAAAAAAUGAAUAUUUUUAUUAUUGAUCCUUAUAUUGUUUGGUUCUUACAUUGUUUGCAAACUAGUUUCUCGUGGUGAGAAGUUAACGUCUCAAAUCAUCAUCGGUACACCUGGUACAUUAAUGGACUGGAUAUUAAAGGUAAGAGCAUUUGAUCCCAAGAAGAUUAGAGUGUUCGUGCUGGAUGAAGCUGAUGUCAUGAUUGAUACACAAGGCCACAAAGACCAGUCUGUUAGGAUUCACAAGUAAGUUCUUGACCUCUUUGUUAAAGGUAGUAUACUGUAACUAGUAGUGGAAUUGAAGGUAGCUAGUGCAUAAACGAAAGAUCUAUAUAGUGUUGUAGAGAUUCUAUAUUUAUGUUUUCAAUCAAAUUAAAAAUUGAUUUCUUCAUUUCUUCGUGAGUUUAACCUGUAUGACUAUAUUUCAUUAAUUUAUUCUUACUUAGAUUUUUGCCCAAAGAUUGUCAGAUGUUGCUCUUCUCUGCAACAUAUGAAGAACAGGUCAUGAAGUUUGCAGAAAGUAUAAUUCCUGAACCUAUAGUUAUACGUCUACGACGAGAAGAAGAGAGCUUGGAAAACAUCCGGCAAUUCUAUGUCGUCUGUACUGGCAUGGAACAAAAGUUUGAGUCCUUAAGUAAUAUGUAUGGUGUCAUAUCUAUCGGACAGUGUAUUGUCUUUUGUCAUGUAAGUGCUCUUUUUUCUAUUUUUUUGGAGAACACCAUAUCGAUAGUAAAUUAAUAUCGAUCAUAUCGACAGUAAUGUGUACCACAUCUGUCAAAAUGUUUCCUUUGGUUGGCUAUUUAAUGCUGCAUGAAAAAUUAGGUGUCACUUAUAAAAUAUUGUCAACAUGAUGUUUAUAAAAUAUUGUCAACAUAAUUAAACAAGUGUAGUGUAUAAUAUGUAGUUUUUUCGUUCUUCCAAUAUUUUUUAAUCUGUUGAAAAUUCCCUAUUCAAAAGCUUGCUAAAAAAUACAGUUAGAGUCAGAGAACAUCUGACCUAUUAUUAUUAUGGGUGCUUCUUGGAUUUUUAACAAUUAAACGUUUUGGUUUUUUUGUUUAGACGAGGAAAGCCGCUGCAUGGUUGAGUGAAAAAAUGUCACGAGAAGGCCAUUCUGUUGCCUUGCUAUCUGGAGAAAUUACCGUCGAACAAAGAAUAGCUGUACUUAAUCGCUUUCGUGCAGGCAAAGAGAAAUUGCUGAUCACUACAAAUGUAUGUGCCCGAGGUAUUGACAUCGAGCAAGUGUCAGUUGUAAUAAACUUUGAUCUGCCUAUGGACAGAUUUAAUGCACCUGAUUUCGAAACUUACUUACACAGAAUUGGGAGAACUGGACGAUUCGGUCGCUAUGGUCUUGCUGUAAAUUUCGUUAACGAAGGUCGUGAUUUACCAUUGUUAAAGAAAAUUGAAGAACAUUUUGGACGGCCUAUUGAAGAACUGAACACCAAUGAUGUAGACGCGCUUGAAAAAUUAAACGAGUAAACCUGAUUCUAAGUAGGAGAUAAAGUUGGAGAUAAGGUUAAACAGUUUCAAGAUCAAGAUUAAGUAAUAGGCAAGGUUAUGUUUGGAAAAGGGGUUGACAUUUUGUUGUUGUUAAUUUAAAUAUUUUAAAACGUAUACGACUAUAAUUAAACUACAGUAAUAUUAUUUUAUAUCAAAUAGUUUGUUUAAAGAACGUUAUUGUAUAUACUGUGCUAGUAGUAUACUUGAUCACCCAUAUAAAAUUUCACAAGUGCGUUAACGCCAUAUUUUAUUUCUCUUUUUCACUGUCAGAGCCACUAUAUCUGGAAAUAUUAUAUAAUAUAUUCAUAUAAGAAAGGCCCUGUUGGGACUGACGGUCGCAGGAACAUCUCAAAAACGAAACAACUUUCUUGCAGGCACAUUUUGUUACAACUUGAGAAAUAAAUGUUUAAUUAAUCAAAAUCUAAAAUGUUGCCAAAAUAGUCGGCAAUCUUGAUUACUUGAAGCAGAAAUCCCUCACUUUGCAAGCAAAACAGCUAUAUUUUCCAAACAUGAAGUAUUUGAAGUGGUUGUCAUGGUGACACGACAUUUUACUCUUUGAAAAGAACGAAAAAAUAUCACUUCUGCAAUUAUAAAAUUGGAUGUGAUUGAAUUAAAACGAUAAAGGCGAUUUAGUAGUAUUUAAUUAUAGAGAG